AUGGAUUGGAACGAAGAAGCCCCAGUUCAGAAAAUUAUCAAAAUAGUGGUAUGCGGAGAUGGUGCUAGUGGCAAAACAUCACUUUGUGUACGAUUUGCUCAGGAUAAUUUCGGGCGACAAUAUCAGCAGACUGUCGGCCUGGAUUUUUUUACCAAAAGGUUAACUUUACCGGGCAAUGUUUCUGUCCUUUUGCAGAUUUGGGAUAUUGGAGGACAAAGUAUUGCAAGUCCGAUGCUUGAAAAAUACAUCAACGGCGCACAUGGCGCCGUUGUUGUUUAUGAUGUUACCAACAGCUCUAGUUUCGAAAAUUUGGAAGACUGGAUUAAUAUCAUCAAGCAAGUUACCAAAGCUCAGGAAAAACCUGUUGUACUGAUGCUUGUCGGUAAUAAAAUAGAUUUGGAACAUCGUCGAGUCGUUCGUAUUGAAAGGCACACCAAAUUCGCACUGCAAUAUGGGAUGUCCAGUUAUUACGUAUCAGCGAAAACUGGUGACAGUGUCAUGCUUAUGUUCAGAAAGACAGCUGCUGAAAUCCUUGGAAUCCCGUUGGAACAAAGCGAUACAGAAGGGGAUAUCAUUGUUGUGAAAGCUUCCGUUACAACACCAACGGAAGCAGAAUCAAAAGCAUCUCAGCGACAACUGCGAGCUGAUCAAUCUCGUAAUACGACUGCUUGCUCAGUGAUGUAA